AUGUACUCUUGGAAACUGUCAAAACUCAGAUUUAAUAAAUCAAAAGAGGAGAAGAAUAAUAAAGAGAAGGAGAACGAAUCGGAGAAAGGACAUGAUAUCAACAGAACCAAAUCGCCAAGUUUAUUUCAUUUCCAUCAUGAAAAGAAAAACAAUAGCGAGGAAUCUGGCUUAGAGGGUAGAUCUGCAGUUGAAAGCGACGCAGAUAGGGAGACUGUCAUUACAAAGAACCCUGAACACCAUACCUCAAAUGCCCAUGAUACAGAUUUUGCUUCUCAUUUAACUGAUAAUUCAACAAGCAAUGAAGAAACAAAGCAUCAAGAACAGUUCUCUGCUAAUAAUGAAGAAAACAAACAACCCAGUGAUACAUCUUCUAAUAUUGGCUUGAUGACCAUUAAAAUAUACAGUGGUUCGGAUUUUAUUUUACCCUUUUCUUUAACAUCGAAUAAGCAAAUUUUAGCUAAAUUAAUGUCAUCCGGUGCUCCACCUCCAGGUGAAGAUAGUCUUGAUAUUGACGAUAUUACAUCGAAGUUAUCAAAGUUGAAUAUUGUUAGUGAUAACAAUUCACCUUACGAAGAGUUAAUCACAGGAGAUAAAUGUACAGAUAUUGUGCCAGCAACCAUUAAAUUGCCCGGUUCUGAAACAUUAAACCCACUUCUGUAUUUUACAAUUGAAUUUGAUAAUACCGUAGCUACAAUUGAACCAGAAUACGGUACAAUAAGAAACCCUGUUUUCAAUAAAAUCUCGUCUUUUGAUGUCACAAGAAAGUUAUCAAGUUUGAAGAUCGAUGUUUUUGCACGUAUCCCAUCAAUAUUGCUACCAUCAACAGUGUGGCAGAAGGAAGCAAGUGCUGAAGAUGAAAAGGUCUCGCAAUUAUUAAGUAAGAUUAACUCGAAUCAAGAUAUCCAUAUUGAUUCUUUUGAAUUGCCAUUAAGUUUAUUUAUCAACUCUGCCGCUAACGUUAGGUUAUAUAACCAUCAUUGGGUAAACUUAAAAGAUGGUUUUGGUAAAUUAAAUUUAUCAAUCGACUAUAGACCAUCUAGGAAUAAGCCGUUGUCAAUAGAUGACUUCGAUUUAUUAAAGGUGAUUGGAAAAGGUUCCUUUGGUAAAGUUAUGCAAGUUAGAAAAAAAGAUACAAAAAAUAUCUAUGCAUUAAAGGCAAUUAAGAAAUCAUACAUUAUUUCUAAGUCUGAAGUAACACACACAUUAGCAGAAAGAACCGUUUUAUCAAGAGUGAAUUGUCCCUUUAUAGUUCCAUUAAAGUUUUCAUUUCAGUCACCAGAAAAGUUAUAUUUGGUUCUAGCAUUCAUCAAUGGAGGUGAACUAUUUUACCAUUUACAAAAAGAGGGUAGAUUUGACUUAUCCAGAUCAAGAUUUUACACUGCUGAAUUAUUAUGUGCACUUGAAACUUUACAUAAUUUGAAUGUCAUUUACCGUGACCUGAAACCAGAAAACAUCUUAUUGGAUUAUCAAGGCCAUAUUACUUUAUGUGACUUUGGUUUAUGUAAGCUAAACAUGAAAGAUGAUGAUAAAACAGACACCUUUUGUGGAACACCUGAAUAUCUUGCACCUGAACUAUUAUUGGGGCAAGGUUAUUCAAAAGAAGUGGAUUGGUGGACAUUAGGUGUAUUACUUUACGAAAUGUUAACAGGUUUACCACCAUAUUAUGAUGAAGACGUACCAAAGAUGUAUAAGAAAAUUUUGAAAGAACCGUUAAGAUUCCCAGAAGGAUUCGAUAGUGAUGCCAAAGAUCUACUGAUCGGAUUAUUAAGUCGUGAUCCAAAGAGAAGAUUAGGUUACAACGGUGCGGACGAGAUUAAAAACCAUCCAUUUUUCUAUAAUCUCUCUUGGAAGAGGUUAUGGAUGAAAGGUUACAUUUCCCCAUACAAACCUCCUGUGACAAACUCCAGCGAUACGAGCAAUUUUGAUCAAGAGUUCACAAGAGAGAAACCAAUUGAUAGUGUUGUUGACGAGUUCUUAAGUAAUAGUGUUCAACAACAAUUCGGAGGCUGGACAUACGUCGGAAACGAACAAUUGGGAAGUCCAGCCACAUAA